AAAAUUGACUGCAGCUUGACUCAGGAAUCGGUAGGCGAAGGAAAAUUUGUAAAACUUGGGACAUUCUUCGGGUUGUGCGGAAAUAAUACACAAUGUAGAAUGCGUCACGAGCGUGAAGGCACGAGCCGUGACGGUAAUCUUUUGCGAAGGAUCAAAGAAGUUUGUCGUCUGGAUUAGCCGGCGAACUUUCUACAAUUGUGGUAAUUCCGCGUCGCGAAUCGUUUCGUCGUGUUGGAUUUAAUCUGGAAUGUGUCACUAUGAGCGAUUCCUUGUAUUAAAGAUAAUCCUUUUUUUUUACGCGGUGAUUGUGCGAAAAAUCUGUGAUAAGAAAUUGUUUGAUUUUUACUUCAAGUUAAAUAAAAUGUAAGAUUUUAUUCGUACGCCUAAUUCGUAAAGAUCAUUAGAGGAUAAUGACAACUGAUAUUAAUUAUAAAUGAAACGAAUGUUGGUAAUAGCCGUAGUUGCGAGGUUUAUACUUCGGGAAAAAUUAGACUGGAGUUUCAUGUAAUUACGCGGCAGCAACAUAUUAAUUACAUUAAUUAAUGAAGAAAGUGAGAGGGUUGCGUGUGUGCCACAUUCCGCGCAUAGUCUUUAAUACGAGGAAAUACACUACGUGGUCAGUUUGCUUUAUCACUUUUCGUGAGUUGCGCCAUUAUCGUGCCGAACAUCAGGUAAUAAUUUAAUAAAUGAUCUCGUCCGAACGCUAACUCACGGUUUAAGAUCGGAGCGAUGGGGGAAGGGAUGGGUACAUUCGAGCGUCGUGGACCGGCGAUAAUCGCCGCAGUCAGUUUGUUGCCGUUCCUCUCUAAGUGCAGUUCUCUCGUCGGGGAAGAGGUCUCCCUCUUUCCCCGCUCAUUAUUCGAAUUCCCCGAUAAUCUGCGGGUGUGUGCGGUAGUGCGUUACGUGGGAAAGACAUUAUCGUGAGAAUUCCUCAGAUAAAUAAGCUAUUGUUGUUGGUGAACACGAUAUUAAGCUUGAAAUUGAUCGAAUAAUCGCAAACGCGAGUUCCUCUGUCGUCGCGAUUGGAGUCGCGUCUUUAAUAAUAUUUCUCCGCAGAUAUCUUUGUUUGUCCGUACAUAUUCUGAAUCUUAAUAAUAUGUUGCUGCAGAUUAUAUUUGGAUAAUAUGUACUAUAUUCUUUUAUAUAUUGUUAACGUGAUGUGCUCCCUCUGAUUUUUUUUUUUUCGAUAAAACGAGGAGGUAUUCCUCGAACCCUCCUGGAUUCUUCUCUCGAAGUUCAUCAAUCUAACAUUAGAGAUAGUUACGACGUUCAUCUGGCACGACAAUCAUUUAUCGAGAGGCCACUCUGCCCAUUGCACGUUAAUUUUCCCCGCUGGAAACGACGUACAGUUAUACGUGUGUAUGAUCAGUGUACACGCGUGGAUAUACACGUUCAUUUUCCCCGUACAUCGCUGUUCGAAACGCGCGUGUUCGAUCGUUCUGUUUCACUGCGAGCGGCUGAAUUAUUCCGCUGGUUCGUGAAUGCGGAUGCAUGGAUAUACAGUGCUACACGGUCGUAGGCGCCUGUGCGGAAACGUCAGCCGGUGUUUCCGCCGAGAGGGACUAGCGCGACAGCGUUUCGAGGCUGGCUGCUGGGUGCGCGAAAGCCGACGAUAGUUCUCAUCCCAGAGGCUGGAAAAGUCGUUUCUUUUUUCAUCCCGUCGUCCUCGAGACGUCGUAAAAAAAGUUGCGAAAAACGCGUGAUUAAGUGUCGCGUGCUUGCGUGGGUUCGCCUAAAAAUAAAGGUGCGUCCGUCACGACGCGUCCGAAUCCGCUUGGACUCGCGAACCUUACGCGCGUGUCCGAUGUGAGUCACUCGUCGAAGAAUUAAUCGUCCUCGAAGUGUCAUCGCGAGCACGUCGCAAUGAUCACGGACUGGUUGGACACAUGGUUCGGCCGGCCGAAGAAGCCCGGGAUACGUGGACAGCGCGGCUACUCGGGCAGCAACACCAUGCCCAGGCCGCACUCCGGCGACGAUAUCAACGAGAUCGAGCAACAGCGUUGUAUCAUCGAGAGGAUGGACGAGGAGACGGUGAACGAUAGAUUCGAGGAAAUGCUGGCCAAUAUGAAUUUAACGGAGGAGAAGAAGGAGCCGUUGCGCCAGCAAUCGGAGUCGAAGAAGAAGGAGAUGCUGGUGUUGCACUACAAGGGUAGCAUUCAGGACAACCGAUCAAAAUUCGACAAACCGGCGGACUACAUACAGUACCUGGCGCAGCCCGAUUUGAGCGUCAACAAGAUCUACAGCUGCAUCGAGUCCCUCAGGAUCGCGCUCACUAAUAAUCCGCUUAGCUGGGUACAAGAGUUCGGCACCAAGGGUCUCAAGCAGGUUCUGGCGACUCUCAAUGAAUGUUACCGAAAUGCCUUCAUAUAUUACGAUAGUGACAACCGUUACGAGCGGAUACAAUACGAAUGUAUUCGCUGUUUAAAGGCUAUCAUGAACAAUACUGUUGGUAUAAAGGAGAUGCUGGCGCAUCACGAGGCUCUUACUAUCGUGGCCAGAUCAUUGGAGCCGACGAAACCGUCCGUAAUGUCCGAAGCUGUAAAGUUACUCGGCGCGGUAUGCCUCAUAUCCAGCGAUAGUCACAAAAAGGUUUUGGACGCGGUUACUAUGAACGGCGAGUUCAAAGGUCGUGAAAGAUUUCUGCCAAUCGUACAGGGUUUGAUGAACAAGAAGAAUGAAAAUUUAAGGGUAGUAUGUCUUCAACUCAUAAACUCGAUAAUAUCAUCCGCGGAAGACCUUGAUUUUCGUUUACAUCUGAGGAACGAGGUAAUGCGAGUAGGUCUAGCCGAUAUUCUCGAGAUGUUAGAGAAAGAUGAGUCGGAAGAUUUGGCAACGCAUUUGAAGAUCUUCAAUGAUCACAAAGAGGAGGAUUAUGAGGAAUUUGUACAGAGAUUUGACAACGUACGCUUAGAAUUAGACGACGUUAAUGAUUGCUUCGAAGUAGUCAAAAACAUGGUAAUGGAUACUUCCGCCGAGCCGUACUUCCUAUCUAUACUUCAACAUCUUUUAUUUAUUCGAGAUGAUGCUCUAGUUCGACCGGCGUAUUAUAAAUUGAUCGAGGAGUGUAUAUCGCAAAUUGUGUUGCAUCGUUCAGGCUGUGAUCCGGAUUUCAGCGCGACAAAGCGCUUCCAGAUUGACGUACAACCGUUAAUCGAUACCCUAGUCGAAAAGUCACGGGCUGAGGAAGAACGCCGAUUGGUGGAGGUGACGCAAAAGUUAGAGGAAGCUAUAGCUAGUAGACAAGAAGCCGAAGCGAAGCUUCAGCAUGCAGAAAACAAGAUUAAAGAACUGGAGCAAGGAACGGGGAAGCCUGGUGGUCCCAGGUCUGUAUGUCCGCCUCCACCACCUAUGCCCGGAAUGGGCGGCGGACCACCACCGCCGCCACCUCCUCCUCUUCCUGGCGGUGGUGGUCCACCUCCACCACCGAUGCCUGGAAUGACAUGUCCACCUCCGCCGCCUAUGCCUGGCUCAAAAGGACCUCCGCCUCCACCUAUGCCUGGUAUGGGAGGGGGACCUCCACCACCACCUAUGCCGGGAAUGGGCCCACCACCGCCACCGAUGAUGGGGGGAUUCUCUCCACCACCCCCAGCGGUACAAGUUUUGCCUCAUGGGUUAAAACCGAAAAAGAAGUGGGAAGUAGACGUUCCACUCAAGAGAGCGAAUUGGAAAGCGAUUUUGCCUCACAAAUUGACACAAAAGUGUUUCUGGACAAAAGUACAAGAAGAUAGAUUAGCUAGUCCGGAAAUAUUGGAUGGUCUUGCGCAAAAGUUUGCAUCGAAACCGAGCGGGAAAAGAAUGGAUGAUGUAGUUGAUAAGUCAGCCCCAACGAAAAAAGUAAAGGAUCUUAAAGUUUUGGACAGUAAAGCAGCUCAAAAUAUAUCGAUACUUCUCGGUGGGACGCUAAAGCACAUGCCUUAUGUAGAAGUGAAAAGAUGUUUAUUUAGAUGCGAAGGACCAGUUAUUUCUGAUAAUAUAUUACAAGGGUUAAUUCAGUAUUUACCACCGCCGGACCAAUUGUCGAAGUUACAGAUGUACAAAGAUCAAUACGAUGACUUGACUGAAGCGGAACAAUUUUGUGUUACGAUAUCUACGAUAAAAAGGUUAUUACCCAGAUUGAGAUCAUUAAGCUUUAUGCUGCGAUACGAGGAGUUGGUACAAGAUAUAAAACCUGACAUAGUAGCGGCUACAGCGGCAUGCGAAGAAGUGAAGAGUAGCAAAAAGUUCGCACGGAUUCUCGAAUUAAUAUUGUUACUCGGAAACUAUAUGAAUUCCGGUUCGAAAAAUGGUCAAGCGUUCGGAUUCGAGAUAAGUUUUCUUACAAAGCUGACCAGUACUAAAGACAUCGAUAACAAACAGACUCUUAUGCAUUACUUGGUGGAUACGAUAGAGAGAAAGUUUCCGGAAUGUCUCAGCUUCGUCGAGGAACUAGCACACGUAGAUCGCGCCAGUCGAGUGUCUUUAGAGAACGUUCAGAGAACGUUACGUCAAAUGGAGACCAAUAUCCGUAAUCUCGAACAGGAUCUCACGAAUGCCAAAGUUCCGCAAUGCGAUGAGGACCUGUUUGCAGAUGUCAUGAGACCAUUCGCCAAGAAAGCCAGGGAAUCUUACGAAGUUCUACAGAAUAUGUUCAAAAAUAUGGACACUUUGUACACGGACAUCUCAGAAUUCUUCUCCUUCGACAAACAGAAGUACACCAUAGAGGAAUUCUUCGGCGAUAUCAAGACGUUCAAAGACGAUUUCUUGCAAUCGCAGAGGGAGAUAAUGAAGCUGAAGGAGGGCGAGGAGAAACAGAGACGGGCAAGAGAAGCACGCGAGAAAGCAGAAGUAGAAAAGGCGGCGCGAGCCGCGCGUAAACGCGCAUUGGUCGAUAUGAAUGCGCACGAGACGCAGGAAGGUGUCAUGGAUAGUCUGAUGGAAGCGCUGCAGACUGGAUCGGCCUUCAGUCGACCAGACCAACGACGCAAACGACAAACCCGCGUAGCUGGUGCGGAAAGGAGAGCGCAACUGAAUAGGAGUCGAUCGCGUACCGGAUUAGUUGGAACUGGCUUACUAGGGAGGGAACUUUCGACAGAGCUUUUAAGUUCGGCUUAACCUACUGGGAAUACAUCCUAUUUCCGUCCUAAACUCGUUGCUGUGAUGAUUUUACACGCAUCGUAUUGGAACAAUAGUGAACAGUGAGAGCAUCAUGCAGUACGGUGAAUCAAUAUUCGGGAGAGGAGGCCGAAGAAGAGCGAAAUUCCACGUCGAUGAUCCUCCGGCCUAGAACGAAUUUUUUUGCGAUUUUGAACUGAAUAACAGAGUCUUCCUUACGUAGUUAAAUAUUCGGUUUGUAGGUAUUUUGUACUUGUACAAAUAUAGAGUUAACGGAUUUGUAUAACGGAACGAUACUCGCGCUGAUACUCGGUAAAAUAAGCGCGAGCAUUUAUUCCGUAGACGAUAUUGCGAGAUGACGCGACAAAAGAAAUUCGUCGCCAGCAAACGCAUUUGUAAAUAGGUAAGUGCUGGUGACGAAUUGGUAACUCGUUGAAACUGCCUUUCGGCGCAGUUCGGCGACACUCUCUCAUCGCACUGUAAGCAUUUUUACUGCCGUCUCCGUGAAGGCGGUAGACUUCGCAUUUAUUUAUGUACGUAGCUGUAAAUAUCUUUCAUCUCGAGAAUCGUAGAUGCACGUAGAUGCUUGCGAUUCGAAAUUAUUCCGACAUUACGAGAUACGUAUUUGUAAAAAUUAUAUAUUUAUUUCGGAAGCAAGUAACUUUUCGGUUACAAAGCGAUGAUGCGCCUUUUCGAUAUUUUUAGCGAAAAUAUCUCGUACGCACGUACAUUGUUGUACGAUGCGACGAGCAGGUUCGUAAUUAUCAUUUAUUUUGACGUUACGAAAUGGAGACGGUAAUAGUAAAUAAUUUAUCGUGAUUAUGCCCUCGUUAGUUCGAUAAAACGACCGCAAAGCGCGCAUAACUUGACGUUUACAUCACCCGUUGCUCAUUUAAUUCACAAUAAAAAUAUUUACAGUAAUAGUUCGUACGAAACACUUUGUCGUAUAAAGAAAGAUUUAUACACCAAAUUGACGCACAAUUGUGCGGCAUAUUUUUAAUAAUGGCUUUACCUCGUCUAUCUUUUUUUUUUUUUAGAAAAAAGGCACUUAUAUUUGCAUUUUUUAUAACAGAAAGUAUUUCACUAUGUAAUAGAAUUAAUCUAGGAGCAAAAAGAACUGAAUUACUUAAGGGAAGCGGCUUAUUCGACGCAACGUUCGCGUUUUUGUGAUAAUUAACGAGCCCGGUAACAGGCUCACGAUAUUCGUGUCGAUACUUUCAACGGCGGUGAAAGAAACUCAGGGAAAGAAAGAGAGAGGAAGAGAGAAAUCUCCCAAAAUGGAUACAUGACGAUGCGAACACUUCGAAUCCAGUUUAACUUUUGGCACUGCCUGCUAAAAUGGCAAUAGAUAAUACUUUUACACAUGACAUUGCUUUGUUAUCGCCUUUAUACGAAUGAAUAAAGAUAUGAUUGUCGGCAGGUCAAAAUCACACGUGAAAUUAUUAGAUGUAAAAAUAUGUAAAUCAUACACAGAAAAAAAGGAGUGUCAAAUCAAAACUUAUGUACUCAAAUUAACCCGUUCAUUGUUUCGUAUAUACACAAAAAUCUAUAAUCUUGUAAGAAUUUCAACUUUUUUCUUGGUUGAACGAUAUAAAAUGACUUUAGUCAAGCAAGUUUUCUUCAUUAAACGCAAUAUAAUCUCAUUUAAAGGUUUUUCCACAUUGAAACUAAAGAUAUUUUCAAAUCACGAAUAUUCUUUUUUUUCUGUGUAAGAUCCCAGCAGGAGAUUGCCGAUAUUUUUACGUGAAAGUUGGAUUCGCGGUGUUGACGGAAGCCCGGUCAUCGUUUUCGGCGACGGAUAUUCGAGUGUUCUGGUGUCACGCGUGUAAAUAACAAUCCCGGAUGCGUCCGCGACGAUGAAAUCUCGCCGUUGUGGGAUGGACGCGACGUCGUGUCGUUUAGUUAGCCAACAGGUAGCUGGGUGCCGCGCGGUGGGGCGGCUAUGCCAGGCACGCUCGAAAUGUCUAGCGAAAGGCGACGUAACGAGCCGGUUCUCGGAGCUGCAAAAAUCGCGGAAGUAUCUCUCCGCGCGGCCGAUUUUCGGACGAUCUAGGUACAUUCUAGCACAUGCCUCGAUACGUAUGGAGCGAUUUUCCGCAGGAUAGGGUAGAGAUGGAGAAAACGUCAGCCGUAUGUUUCCCCGAGGUGAUCGAACGUGCCGGUACAGAAAAACUUGAGCGGAAAUAUAUAAAUCGCGUUGCCUACCGAUCGAAUCUCGUAACGAACGAAUGAUUUGUUAAUAUUAGUAAUAUUAAUAUUGUAAGAAUUGGAUACGUAAGUUAAGAUCCUAAAUUAAGGACUAAUUGUAUCUAUACUGUGAAUACACGCGGAUCUAAAUAAUA